CUCCCUCAUCCUUCUCCUCCCUUACCUCAGUGUGGGUAGCUAGACCUUGGUACCUCAGUGUUUGGGUGCCUUGCCCCUGAGCCAGGGACCCUGUCAUGCCCUGGCCUUGCUGUGAUGCCAAGAGAUAGGGGAGGGAGGGCCGGGUGAGCCUGCCUGAGGAUUGCAGUAGCCAGUGAAGGCAGACAAGCUGGAGAAGUGCUCAGCUGGGACAUUCCUUCCUCCCUGGGUGCUCCCAGCCACUCAGGUCAAGGGGAUCAGGAGGCUGGGACGCUGGGACAAAGAACCUUGUGUUGAUGGCUGCUCUUGGUGGGGGAGGGCAUUCUGUGCUGGGCCAUGUGGGACUUGGGAGCCUGUGCCUGGGAGGUCAUUUGCCCUGGAGCCCCAUCUCCCACGCUAGCUGUCCUCAACACAUCCUCUUUCUUUCUGCCUCUGCUCCUGAAUCCACAAGCCUCCCUCGCUACCCUUCUCCCAUCCUUCCCUCUCGCCCUCCAGGGCCUCUGAGUUCCCACGAGCAUGUCUGUGGGAAACCAUGGGGCCAGCCUUGCACAAGGUACCUGCCCUUCCCCUCCCUUGCUGGGUCUCCCCAGUCCUGCCAGGCCUGGGAUGUUUAAUUUAGAGGAUACAGUGUUUCCAUGGGGAUUGAUACUGACAGAACUCACCAGCAGUUGCUGACUUCACACUUCCACGUGGGUCAGCUGGAGACCUUUGGGGCAUGACCUAGGGAAUAUGAGAGGGGAGUGAGCGGUCCGUGCACCCUUGGCCUUGAUGGUGCCUCCUAGCCUCCCUCCAGUUGAGGUUACAUGGUGGGAGAUGGGAGUGUGGCUGGGGUGGAAGGUUGAGCCUGGCCCUGUGACCCUUGCGUGCUGUAGUUCUAGCUCCAGGCCAGUGGUUCUGAGCCGCCGUAGUCAGAAGCAAGGAAGUUGGAUUCAGGGCCUGGCCUGAGGGAGCUGUGCCCCGGUGCUUGUAAGACUGCCGUUUUCUCAGACAGCCUGUGUCCUGAUGCCAGAAGCAGCAGUGGUUUUAGUCAGAUCCCUGGAGCAAGGACUUGGAAGACGUAGAGGACUCGGGGUGGAGGAAAGCUGGGAUUGUCCGGAGGGACAUGGCCCAGCUGGGCCAGCAUCCGAGGCGGGCUUAGCAGCCCCCCAGGGCUGGCUCUUCCUCCAUUUGUGCCUGGGGCUGUCUUCCCUAGCCACCUGGCUCCCCAUUUGUCCACCUCACCAUGGUCUUUUCUUUCUCAUACCCUCCCGGGGUGGCCCCACAGGCAUGACUCGGUGGCUGCUUUCUCUUGCUUGGGUUUGAUAAGGGCUAAGCAUGCGAAGCCCAGGGAAGCCUUUUUGGGAUCUGGGUCUCUUUCAAGGGUCAGUCCUGUGCGUCAGCUUUGCAGCCACCUUGGUUAGCCCUAAGGCCGAGCCCACCGCCUGCAGGACACAGCCAUCCUCACUCCCCUCAUCUCUCUCUCUCUCUCUCUCUCUUCUCCCCUCUGCCUUUCUCUCUCCUCCUCCAGACCAGCUCCUCCACUGUGGCUCUGAGUGCCCCGGGGCUGCUGCCCAGCUCUGCUCCAUCCUCAUACUGCUCCCUUCCUCCUUCUCCUCCUCCCAUACCAUCUGUAUUCCUGCCACCCACCACUAAACCCUCCCCUCGAGGCCAGGGCCGCACUCCAGAGUUCCCUUGUACUGAGCAGAGUGGACGAGGCCUUCUACCUCCUGUGGCCCCCAGCUGGCUUGAUUUGGCUGGUCUUGGGGUGAUGCCUGAUACCCUCAACUCAAGGUCUCCCUCUGUGGAGGGUUCUUUGUGGGCAGUGGGCACAGAGAGCCAGGGUCGAGAUUGGAGGCACCUGCUGACCCUCACACGUGAGCUCUCUGGGGCUCCCCGCUGCCACACUGUACCCUAUGCUGGGAGCAUAGGUCCCCAAGAGCCUGGGGAGCCCCAGGGGCCACCAGCCAGCCCUUCGUGCCCAGAGGAGGCCUUGGCUGCCACAAGGGAGCAGCCAUGGGCUUCAGAGGUAUUCAGGCCUGAGAGAAUGCCGCCCUCUGGAGCUGCUCGAAGCUUCCAAGAAGUAAUAGAGCCAGCUAUAAUGGCAGUGGACCGGCAGGCUGUCUUCCCAGAUACCUGGACUCUCACGGAGGAACACGGCCUACAGCAGGAGAGGCCAAGGCCAGAGCCAGGGAGGCUGGGAAGCAGCUCCCCUGCCUCAGUUACCAUGGAGCAGCUAGGUGCAAAGAUGACUGAGAGGGGAAGCGUGGCCAGGCCAACCCAGGGACCUGAAACCCCAAGGAGCCCAGAGGGCACCACCGAAGCUGCCACCCAGGCCGGGAAGGAACAGCCAGAGCUUCCAUGUGCCAUGGCCACGAGCACACCCAGCAUCACGGAGAGGAUUUCCACCUCUGGCCAGAUCCGAUCUGUGAUCAGGAGGAGCCGGGAGACGGGCCACGCACACCCCAUGUCCCGGGAGCCCUCCCCUCGCCGCCGGCUGGACCCUGCCACCCUGAGCAGGACCCCAUCCCAGGAGCAGCUCAUCGCGGAGCUGCAGGGGCGGCUGGGCAUCCAGCCUGAGGCAGAGGAGCCGGCGGAGGCAGCAGGGCCCUCUGCCCAGGACUGGCUGACCGAGGGCAUCGUCAUCACCGUGCAGCCACGUGGGAAGCGGGCCGGGGGGCAACUUGUAGAGAAGGUGGCAAGAAGAUGCCUAGGGCUGGGGCUGGGCGAGAGCCAAGCACCUGGGGUCCAGGUUCUUCUGGCCUCAGUGCUGGCUGGAGGGGAGAUCUGGGGAGGGUGGGAGUUUCUUGCCUCCUGUGACCUUGGAAGACUGGCCCCACUCUUGGUGCAGAGUGGGAAGGCCCAGGGGAAGCCUGGGGAGGUCCCCCCACCCCCGUGGGCUGAGCUGGCGAUUUCUUCCUCAUCGCUGUCCCUCCUUUCUUUUCCCCAGGUUGUCUUCCCUCCUGGCUCUCCCAUUCCCCUGAGAAGAACCAUCUCUGUCCUGGCUUCUCCUUCUGUCCCUUUGCUCCAGCAUCACACAGACGCCGCGGCCAGCAGCUCUUCUCCCCUGCCCAGCCUGCCCACUUCCUCCCCUCUGGGGCCCUCAGCUUACACCUGUGGUUCUUCUGAGGUCCAGAGUGCAGGGGAAGAGCCCCAUGAUGAGGGGGUGCAGGGCCCCACCCUUUCCACUCCUGCAUCCCACACCCUGAGGUCCGUGGGCUGCCAGACCGAUGAGGACCCGCUCUUCCCCCCGAUGCAGAUCCAGGGCCUGGAGCAAAGAGCGGAUGGGGAGCGGUGCUGGGCGGCUGGCUGGCCUCGGGACAGCGGGCGGAGCAGCCCCGGAGGGCAGGACGAGGGAGGGUUCAUGGCCCAGGGGAAGACAGGGAGCAGCUCGCCCCCUGGGGGGCCCCCGAAACCCGGGAGCCAGCUAGACAGCAUGCUGGGGAGCCUGCAGUCCGACCUCAACAAGCUGGGGGUUGCCACGGUCGCCAAAGGAGUCUGCGGGGCCUGCAAGAAGCCCAUCGCGGGGCAGGUUGUGACCGCCAUGGGGAAGACGUGGCACCCCGAGCACUUCGUCUGCACCCACUGCCAGGAGGAGAUCGGAUCCCGGAACUUCUUCGAGCGGGAUGGGCAGCCCUACUGUGAAAAGGACUACCACAACCUCUUCUCCCCGCGCUGCUACUACUGCAACGGCCCCAUCCUGGAUAAAGUGGUGACAGCCCUUGACCGGACGUGGCACCCUGAACACUUCUUCUGUGCCCAGUGUGGAGCCUUCUUCGGUCCUGAAGGGUUCCACGAGAAGGACGGCAAGGCCUACUGCCGCAAGGACUACUUCGACAUGUUCGCACCCAAGUGUGGCGGCUGCGCCCGGGCCAUCCUGGAGAACUAUAUCUCGGCCCUUAACACGCUGUGGCAUCCUGAGUGCUUUGUGUGCCGGGAAUGCUUCACGCCAUUCGUCAACGGCAGCUUCUUCGAGCAUGACGGGCAGCCCUACUGUGAGGUGCACUACCACGAGCGGCGCGGCUCACUGUGCUCCGGCUGCCAGAAGCCCAUCACUGGCCGCUGCAUCACCGCCAUGGCCAAGAAGUUCCACCCCGAGCACUUCGUCUGUGCCUUCUGCCUCAAGCAGCUCAACAAGGGCACCUUCAAGGAGCAGAACGACAAGCCUUACUGUCAGAACUGCUUCCUCAAGCUCUUCUGCUAGGCGCCCUGCCCCUGUCUCUGCCCCCCUUCCCCAGCCAGCAUCCCCAACGGCUACUGUGACCCCGAUACUUCGCCCGGGGGUGAAGGGGUAAACCCACUGAAACUGGAACCCUUGUUCUCGGCUGGUGCAGGAGGGACAGGGCUGUGAGGGGUCCCCCUGCUUGUCUUCACCCCUGCCGAAGCCUCUGGACCCCCUCCUCCCUCCUGCAGCUCUCCCCAGGCUGCCGACUCCAUCCUCCCCAGGGGUAGAGGCUGGGGGCCCACCCCAGCCCACGUACGUCCCCAUGAACUGGCCUGGCCAGCACCCCACACUGGAGCCAUCUCUUCCUCAUAUUUCUGCAGUGCAGCUGGAGGGCCGGGAAGGGCAGGCAGGGUCUUUUGGGGUCUCUUUUUACCCUUAUUUCCCCCCUGACCUAAUUGUCUUUGUUCUGUGAUUAUUGGGGGACACCCGGCUCCCUCCAGACAAUGCCAGCAUAAAUCCAUCCAUCCAAAGGCAGAGAAGCCAAGGGGCAUGGAAGGUUCUCUGUGCUCCUCCUACCCUUCCAGUGCCCUAGGCCUGGCAACUGCCCCUGCCUUUACCCGCCCUCCCCUUUUAUACCCGCUCUGGUUCUACUGAGAAAAGCCUCUCCAGCAAUAAUGUUUUCUAGUCACUUUCUCCGUCUCCGGGACGGCGUGCCUGGACACUGUACCGACUUUGAUAGAUUUCUACACUGAGGUUUGAAUUCAUAUCGCCUGAGUUGCUUUUACUUCUCUAUACAAAAUGAUUUUGAAGAGAUUUUAAAGAUGUUCCCUUUUGUAUUCUCUUCUUUGUCCACCGCCACUGGGCCUGUCACUGAUGGUGGCUCUGGUGUGGAGUUUGCUUUGUACUGAGGGUUGGGGUGGGAAAGCAAUUUGUAUUUUAUUUUUUCUUAGCACGAGCAGGUGAACUGGGAGUACCCCUGUGACUCCCCCUCUUUCACUUCAUAGCUCACCAGGACUGUUUUAUAAACUGCUGUAUUUGGAAACCCCUUCUUUACUUCCCAGGCCAGCAAGCUCUUCACUGAAACUGGUUGAAGGGUGUCACACCCUUUUGGGCCUAGAAUUCUGAACCUCAUCUGUUCUGUUUCUGCGGGAGGAGAAGGGGAAAGUAUGUUUUGGGGGGCUGCUUCCUGUCUAAGCCCUCAGGAGCCUCUGCUCCCCUGUGAACCCACUGAACCUUCUGAGCCCCCACCGCUUCUGUGGGGCUCUCUCUUCUGCCUUCUCAGGAAAGCUGGUGUCUGAUUUUGGCCAUCAGGACUCUGACGUCUCUUUGGUCUUGUUGAUUUCCUCUGGGCAUAUCCCUUCCCCAGAUCUGCUCCUCCCCUUUCACAGGUGGGAUCGGCACUCAGGGGGUCUGGAAAGAAGGUCAUAAAGGAGCAUGAUAGGAUUUGGGUCAGAGGGACAGUCUCCUCUGGGGAAAGCCCCAGAGCUCUUUACCGAGGAUGAAAGAGGAGCCAGGCCUUGGGCUCCUGAUCAAGAGAAAGGGGCCCCACCGGGAUCUAAUGGUGAGAGUCCAAACCACUCCACUGGCCUCCUGGCAGAAGCCGUGUGUGCUGGGGUCUCCGAAGAGGGUCUCUCCUUUGUUUGUGGGGGAAGGUCAGCCUGGCCCCUCCAGAGGUCUGAUGUCUCCACUUCCACCCACAGGCCUUACCGCUCUGUUUACAGUGACUCCCCCCAGACCCUCCCCAAGAGGGACUGGGGUUUCUGGGGUCUACUCUCUGAGUCAAUGGUUAUUUGAAAAUUUGAUUUUGAUUUUAUUUUUUCUCUGUAAACUUCUAACCUGGCUUUUCCCAUUUCAAUUCCUGUGAUUUAUGCCAAUAAAGUUUGCCCGUGAUUUUCA